CGCGCGCGUGGACGGCGACGACGGCGGUGCGGAUGCGGCGUCGACGUCGACGUCGUACGAGUUUUACGUCACGACGUUCGGCACGGCGCGGUCGAGGAAGCGUCCGGCGGUGGCGCUGGACGUGGAGACGACGGGCGGGCGGAGGUACCCGCGGGAGGCGCGCGAGGCCAUCAGGGUGGAGGCGGAGCGCGUUUUCGACGCGCGAGGGAGUGAUUUCGAGGUUCGGGGUGGGGUUUUGGUGACGUGCGACGCGAGCGAGACCGGGGCGGUUCGAUUGGACGCGUUCGAGGGGGUGGACGACGACGACGGCGACGACGACGACGACGGCGACGACGAGACGACGUCUGGUGCGUCGACGUCGGCGACGUACGUCAAGGUAAAGCUCAGUGCGAGACCGCUUCCGCCGACAGUGGCGUGGGAGAAGAUGUUCGCGCACGCCGCGACGGUGGGUUUACCCAUUGAGAGCGCGUUGGAGCACUUGGCGAAGAACGCGAUGCACCGCGCGGGAACGCGUAAGAUCUCCGUGAGCGCACAGGCAACGGAUUCGCCAUCGAAAACCGCGAAAGCGGCGGGGCAGAAAAUGCGCGUGUACAUCGUCUUCGGUGGACAGUCAUCCAACACGACGAGUCGGCAUAAAUCGUGCUACACCGGUCGUCAGCUGUAUCUCACGUUGCGAAACGUCGACACGAUCGACGCCACGCCCGUGUUGCUAACGCCGCAAGCCAGUCGAGGGUUGAACAGUCUCGUCGACGCUCCGGCGUGGCGACUUCCGUACGCGUGGGCGAUGAACUCAUCGCAGUGGGACGCCCCAAAGCCGCCGGAUCUCGGCAGGUACUCGACGUCUCGGCGCGUGCGCGGCGAAUUGGACAAGUAUCUGUGGGUGACCCCGCCAAAGGACGACCCCGCGCUCGCGUUCGAGGCCACGCCGAGGGUCUCCCGUCUCGGCGCGCUCUUAUCUCUCGCCGCUUCCGAGGGUGCCAUCGUGUUCAACUGCGUCGCUGACGACGGUUCUUUGCAGCAGUUGUGCACGUCGGCGGGCGUCGCGUACACCGGGUGCGGUCCACUCGCGUCCCGCGUCAGCGCGGAUAAGGUAGCGCUUGCGAAAACCUUAGGAAGUCUCAGAUCAGAGGGUAUCGCGUGCUUGAACAAGCGCUUCGUCCCUGCGGCGACGCUCUUGAGCAAGGCGUUGGAAGAGAGCUCGUGGGGCGGCCGCGCGCGAGGCGAGGGCGUGAAGCGUAUUUGGUUGGACGUCGUCGGAUCGCUCGGGGGACCCGCGGCGCUUCCUCACGGCGCCAGAGUAUCGCCCGUCGCGGAUGGCUCAAUCGGGUCGGCGUUCGAUGACUUCGCUUCGAGUCGAGUGGCGGAUGAGAACGAACUGUUGGCGUUUGCUGAGGACCAGGCGAAUAAGCAUCCGGUGCGUGGAUAUCUGUUUGAAUCGUAUUUCGAGCCCGCGGAGGUCACGCUUGCGAGCGAUGGCGAAUCACUCGCGUUGAGCGACUCGAAAUCGAAGUGGGUCGAGAUCACCGUGGGCGUGUUCGGCGAUAGACCGGGGACAUUGAAGGCCUUUGCGCCGAGCGUUCGAGCGCGAACCUCGGAUCCGCGCCUGAAAUCGCAUGUGUUCGUAAUCGACAUCGCUGGUGACGUUCUCAACGCUCGCGUCGCGGCUCAAGCGCGUGAACGUGCGAGGCGCGUCGCCGAACUCAUGCAGGUGGAGGGGUUCGCCUCGAUCGACGCGUACGCGAACGUAGAUACCGGUGAAAUCGUCGUCGCCGCAGUAGACACGGUUCCAGACAUGACGUGUCCAAACGCUCCGAUUUUCGAGCAGGCGCUCAUGGAGGACCCGCCGAUAGAUGCCGAGGGAUUUUGCGUGAAACUAUUGAGCCAAGCGCUCGUUAGGCGAUUCCGAUAG